AUGUCUGCUAACGAAUUUUACUCUUCGGGCCAGCAAGGCCAGAGAUCCGACAACAACUACCAGUCGACUCAGAACAGUCAACAAGAACACGAAGGCGGUGACAGGGGCCUUUUGGCUACCAUUGGUGGUGCUGCCGCUGGAGGAUACGGUGGUGGCAAGAUUGCGGGGCACCACUCGACUUUGGGCAAGAUUGGCGGUGCCAUAGUCGGUGCCAUUGGUGCCAACAAGCUUGAGGACAAGUGGGAAGAGAGAAAGGAAGAGAAGAAGCAUGAACAGAAUCACGGUGGAGGACAUGGGGGCUACGGAAGAAACGACAACUAUGGUCCUCCAGGUGGCCGUAAUGAUUAUGGCCGCAAUGACUAUGGCCGUAACGACUAUGGCCGCAAUGAAUAUGGCCGCAACGACUUUGGCGGACCUGGCGGCCCAGGAGGUCCCCAGCACGGUCGUCGUGAUGACUAUGGAGGCCGUGAUAACUACGGCGGACGUGACAAUUACGGUGGACGUGACAACUAUGGCGGUCGUGACAACUACAACCAAGGAGGCAGAUGGUGA